GAACAUCUUAAUCUGUGACAGUGAAACUCCUAUCUACCAUGGUCAUAUGGUCGGGUAUGUUUUCUUCUUGACAAGGGAACAUGUAAGCCAUCGUGACCUGAUAUAUCCACCCCCAGAGAAUGUCUGAGAAGCCAAAGGACGUCUCCCUCCUCUUUCUUUGUCAAUGCUGGAUGCCUUGUUUACAAUUCCUCUAUACCUUAGCCAUGUACAUCAGUCGGCCCAUUGCUGUUUGGUAUGCAAUUUGCAUAGUGUUCUUUGUUCCAAACGUAGCGAAAGUACCAAAACAUAUUUCCGACUAGAGUACACAUAGCCAUUAAAAAUCAAACAUGCAUAUACGAAGC